AUGACCGAACAGUACAUGCAGAUUUUUAUUCAAGAACAAAUUCGAAAACUUAAAUCAUUUGAUGCUGCUCCUGGUGACGAUGUUAUUCAAUGGUUAUAUGAUACUGAAACUGUAUUUGAUAGCGUACAAUUACGACCAUCGAAUAAAUAUAUAGCAGUACAAUCGUAUUUAAUUGCUAUUGCUCAAGCUUAUCAACCAUCAUUUAAUCGAACAUUAUCAGUAGGUGAACAACCAUCAAUAACCGUACAACAUGUUAAUUCCUCAUCCGUAUCACCAAAAACAACCCCAGAUUCGUCCCCCACAUCUCAAGAUAAUUUUUCAGCAGUUAUUGAUCUAAACGGAUCAAAUUUAAAUGAAUCUUUUCCACCAUCCUCGAAAAUUGAAAAAUCUGCAACACCUGAACGAAUAACAAAUGAUGAUCAACAAUUAACUAUUGUCGUUUUGCCUGAACCCUCAUCGCUUCAUCAAUUCGUAAGUGAAAAUGUAACUGAAGAUUCAGCCGUUGAUAAUAUCCCAAAUACUUCCUCCUCGAUAAUUACAAGUACUCAAUCAACACGUUCAUCCACAGUAGCAAUUGAUAAUCCUAUUACAUGUGAAGAUGAAUUACAAGCACUACCUGACGAUGAAGCUAGUUCAUACUCGUCGAAUGAUUUUGGUGUAGUUCGUCAUCAACUUAAUUCUGUUAUGGAAUCAGUGAAAGUUAAUACUCAUGUUAAUGAUAGUAAUGCUAAUAUUGGUGCAUAUGUCUUUAAUGAUUCUAUUUGGUCAAAGGUAUUAGAAGAAUACCAGAUCCCAAAGAAUGAUAUUUACUUUACAUUCUCGAGCAAUCGUAUUAACAUUUCUAAUCGCUGUAUAUGGCCGGGGAGGGGUGUGGGUGUGGCUAUAUGUGAACUGCACAGUCACACCCACAUCCACUCUCUGUUGCUGUAUCUUUCUGAAUUAUUCUCAUUCAGUUAUCUUAUUUUUGUAUUUAGGCAAUUUUGCCUGUUUAGCAAAAUUCUGCAAAAUCUCAGAGAUGUAUGUGAAAGUUUCUUUGAUCAAUAAUGGUUAGUUACUUGUAGUGAUCACCCUCAAAAAAAAGGAUUCAACAUUUAACAACAAGUGCAAAAAAAGAAGUAUUCUGAAUACAUAAAUCCUCAAAUUGUUAAAAACUAUAAAAUAAUCUAUUGAUGACAGACAUGAAACUUCAAAAGUUCAAAAGCUUUGCUAGAAUCUUCGACUGACACCGGUGCCGAAACCCUAUGGAUAUCGUGUCAAACUCUUUCUAUUGUCUUUAAGUACUGAAGCAAACAUAAGACGUUUCGUAAAUUCAAUUGACGGCGACGACGAGAAACCUUUCUGCUAACGGGGUAGUAUCUCAUCGCCAAUUGGCAAAUAUACUAUGGCAAAAACAAAUAUGAAUUGGCGAAUUUCACACUGGAGAUUCGCCAGUUUGAAUCAAUUCAGUUGUAACUCAACUAUAGUACUUGAUAUUGUUACCGAUCAAACGGAAAUAGCUCAAGUGUAUAUAAGUACAACGACAAAAUAAAACGGUGUCGGUGUGGCUGUGUGUGGGCGUUGGUGUCUCUCCUAAUUAUCUACACCCACGCCAACCACACCCACACCCACACACCCACACCGACACCGUUUUAUUUUGUCGUUGUACUUAUAUACACUUGAGCUAUUUCCGUUUGAUCGGUAACAA